AUGCACGCUGUGAGAUGCCUGCUGUUCGCUGCAGCGUGCGCACGGUGCGCCGUGACAGGUCUGGGGGAACGGCUCGGUCUGGAGGGAAGGCUGCCGCCUGCAGAGGAGGUGGUUCAGCCCAAGCGGCUCCUGCAACAGAUUCACUCCCCAGAGGAGCUGCUCCACAGCCGCCUCAACACUCGAGUUAAAAACGACACUGCUGAUGCGCAGCCCGUCCAUCUGGCCCAGAGCAGCUUCUUGGUGGAGGCCUUUGGCACGUCCUUCAUCCUUGACCUGGAACUCAACCACAAUCUGCUAUCUUCAGACUAUGUGGAGCGUGACUAUGAUGAGAAUGGCCGCCCGUCACAGAAUAUGGGGGGUGAGCACUGCUUCUACCAUGGCCGUGUGCGAGGGCUGCCGGGCUCCUGGGCCGCUCUGUCCACCUGCCACGGCCUCCGGGGGAUGUUUUCUGACGGAAACUUUUCCUACGGGAUUGAACCUGUUGGCAGUGGAGAGGACGCCCUUCAGGAGCAGGAGGACCACAUUGUGUAUCGUAUGCCGGAUAUUGACCUCCUCCCACCUCCCUGCCCAGGGUGCUCCGUGAACGGCAGCCGACCCGAGGGCUGGGCCGACGGCGAGCUGAAGGAUGGAGACGACUGGUCUGAAGAGGAGAAGCCCGACUUUACAGAAAGCCUGAGGCGCUCGAAAAGAUAUGUGCGGCGAAUCCAGCACUUCCCCCCGGUGCGACGAGUCCAGCGCACCGUCCAGACCGAGACCAAGUACAUCGAGCUGAUGGUAGUCAACGACCACGAGCUGUUCGUGCAGCUUCGUCGGUCGUCCACUCAGACGAAGAACUUUGCCAAAGCGGUGGUGAACAUGGCCGACGCGAUCUACAAAGAGCAGCUCAACACUCGCAUCGUCCUGGUGGCCAUGGAAACCUGGUCUUCUCAAAACAGGGUCUCCGUGAGCGACGACGCCUUGCUCACCCUGCGCGACUUCAUGAAGUACCGGAAGGAGAGCAUCAAAGAACGCUGCGACGCCGUUCACCUCUUCUCUGGGAGGACGUUCAUGAGCAGCCGCAGCGAGGCGGCCUACAUCGGGGGCAUCUGCUCCGUCACCAGGGGUGGAGCCAUCAAUGAGUUCGGCAGCGUGGGCCCGAUGGCCAUCACGUUGUGUCAAAGCCUCGGCCAGAACAUCGGCAUGCUGAGAAACAAAGAGCGGCUGGCUGCAGGAGACUGCCGGUGUCCAGACCCGUGGCUGGGCUGCAUCAUGGAGGACACCGGUUACUACCUGCCCAGGAAGUUCUCUCGCUGCAGUAUAGAGGAGUACCAGCGAUUCCUCCAACAGGGAGGAGGCAGCUGUCUCUUCAACAAGCCCAGCAAGUUGUUGGACUCACCAGAGUGUGGGAAUGGAUUUGUGGAGCUGGGAGAAGAAUGUGACUGUGGAUCUCUCGUGGAGUGUGCACGGGAUGGAGCCAACUGCUGUAAGAAGUGCACCCUUACCCACAAUGCCAUGUGCAGCAACGGGCUGUGCUGCAAGCACUGCAGGUACGAGUUGAGAGGGGUGACGUGCCGUGAAGCUGUUAACGGCUGUGACAUCCCUGAGACUUGCAUGGGAGACUCCAGCCAGUGUCCUCAUAACGUCCACAAACUGGAUGGCUACACGUGUGACGCUGGACAGGGCCGGUGUUAUGGAGGUCGCUGCAAGACGAGAGACGUCCAGUGCAGGACGCUGUGGGGCUACAACUCGGCCGACCGGUUCUGCUAUGAAAAGCUGAAUUCUGAGGGCACAGAGAAAGGAAACUGUGGUCCGGACUCCAGCGGUCAGGGAUGGGUGCCGUGCAACAAGCAGGACGUGCUGUGCGGCUUACUGCUGUGCACCAAUCUGACCGACAAGCCGAGGUUUGGUGAACUUCAAGGGAGGCUCACCAGCCUGACCAUCCACCAUCAGAACAGAUACAUGGACUGCAGGGGCGGCCAUGCAGUGCUGGAUGACGGCUUGGACAUGGGCUAUGUGGAGGAUGGCACGCCGUGUGGGCCAAACAUGAUGUGUUUUGAGCGUCGCUGCUUUCCCAUCACCACCUUCAACCUCAGCACUUGCCCGGGCUCCUCGUCCUCACACGUCUGCUCCCUCCACGGGGUCUGCAGCAACGAGGUGAAGUGCAUCUGUGAUUCGGACUACACCGGGAAGGACUGCAGUGUGUUUGACCCCAUCGUCAUCCCCACGCCGGACGGCUCCGAGAUCGUCAAAGAAACAACCGAAGAGGAAGAUCUUCGUGAGUUUGACUUCUAUCUCUCCGCCGUCCUGUCUUCCUCACACGGUGUCCAGUCUGCUCUGAGGAGACGAGACAAAGAUGUCUUCCACCUUUCUUCCCUCAAACCUUUUCUGAUUUCAUGAAUGCUGGUAUUCUCUUCCCGGGAAGCCAAAGUAUUUUUUGUUUAACUGCAGUAUGGAAGUUAUGUGUGUGUCACACACACACACACACACACAGCCCUUAACUGAAGUGUGUUUACUAAUCUUUCCGGGCCCUUUUCCCUUCCACUGGUUACAGCUAAUCCUCUGACACUAAUCUUCUGAGUGUUGUUAUGUUUUACCCCCUGAAGUAAUUUCUUGGAAGAAGGUCAUGUGCUACUAUUAGUCUGGACUUUUUUGGGGAAAUCUUCUGUUUUCAAAGAUAUUUAACCUCAUGGAGAUCCUCUCAGUGGUGUGACUUAAUCUGCAAUAGAAGUGUAUGAAUAUUACCAAAUAGUGAAUGUUGACAUACUAUCAUAGAUGAGUUAUUUUGUGUGUUAGUCCUAACAUUCCACGGUAAUAACCACACCUUCUCUUAUGCUGCCGUUCAUUAUCAAACAGUAGUCCGCCCUAAAUCGAUGCUUCUACAUAAUAUGCAUUAAUGUAUGAAUGUUUAGUUCAGGCCUGCAAGGAAGCUAGUCGUGUCUCGUUUGACUUUAGACGGUUGCACAUGUACACACCAGAUGUGUUAUCCCGCUGUAUGAUAUGUAAUCUAUAUACAGCCAAUAUGCAGUAUGCUGAACAUGGGUGCUGAUGUACAUAGUGUAUCAUACGGGUGACUCACUGCCGAUCUGAAGGAAAGCACAAGUCUGGAGAGAGAAGACUCGUCCUGCCUCUCAGCGUAAAACUGCUCGUUGCCUUCGCAUUGAAAAUGCGGAAGGUUAUGUUUUGAUCGCCGUGUAUUUAUUUAUUUAUUUGUAUGCGUGUUAUUCGCAUAACAAAAAAAGUUUUAAACCGAAUCGCAUGAAAUUAGUUGGGAUGAUUGGUUAUUAUCCGGGGAUCAUUUGAUUAGAUUUUGGGAUCGAUCGGGUCAAAGGUCAAGGUCAUAAAAAGGUCAAAAUCUUCUUUUUACCAUAGCACGGUCAAUUUGUAUCCAAUUGGCAUGCAACUAAUGCCAACAUUUUCAUGAGUCAAUGCCCAAUCUUGUGAUAUGUGAAGGUAUGCGAGUGCCCAUUCUAGUUUACUGAUGAUUUCAUUCGCGGGAGAAGAUUUGAACCUUUGCGGUUUAGUGGAGUUUGAGCUCCUCUGGUUUUCCACGUUUGCGGGACGCCCGAUCAUUUGGGUCACAGAGGAAGAUGUGUGAGGGGGAAUUAUGAAAUAUUUAACAGAUCUCACUUGAUUCUUCAUUAUGUUCACGGAUUAUAAUCUGGCUCCUAUGGGCUCAGCGAGCUGCCGAGGUAAAACUAGAAAUUAAAAAUUAAAAUACGCUUUAUCGCGAAAAUUACGUUGGAUCAUUUCAUUCUGACCGACCAGAUCAACAAGCAAUACAUGUGUAUCUUUCAUUGAUGAUGUCAGAAACAUGUCCUCUCGUGGAAGGAUACGAGUCCUAUUCUGCCGCUUGCAUCACUCUCCGUAGUUCCCCUCUGGAUUUCGGAGAAUUUUCAACGGUGAGUAUGUACAAAGACAGCUUGAGAAGCUUUGACCCCUUUACACCUUGCAUUACAAUAUGUCUCGUAUUCAGAUUUUAACGAGAUCAUCACAUUCCCCAGUUUGAAUAUGCAUCUCCUGUGUCCACAUGGAGAUCCAAUCACCCAAAAGGUAUUUUAAUGCAGGGUGUAAAGCGGGUAUUUGUUUCACUCCUUAACAAUAAGGAACUGUACAGGUGCCACAAGAGCUGAUCCAAAAUACACUGCCAGUCAAACUACAGGAGCAUUGAAGGAAUAUGUUGACGUUUUCACUGCUUCUGAAAUUAGACCCAAUAAAACGAUUCCUAAUGACAUUCCUUACCGAUUAAAAGGAGUGCAGUUAGUCAUGGAAAUUGAUUUCUGAAGACAAAAUGCUCAACCUAUUUUGACUUUCAAUGCCAGGUGAGGUUAAAUGCUAAUUUUCUCAGAAUUUAAUAUGUCAGUGGGUAUGCCUUUAAUUAUACUUGGACUAUCUUUAUGCCGUACACGCGCUGUUUAAGAUCUAAUACUCAAGGACAGACUUAGCUGAAAGCUCAGGUCACACGGUGUUUAUCACACUCCGUAUUGGGCUCCUCAAAGGAUGCUGGCACCAUUCCCACAGGGAAGUCAACGUUGUUUAUUCUCACAGGAAGGCAUCCGGUAUUAGCUUAGCCUAAAAUGUAAAUAUUCAUAUUAUUGUAUAUUGAAAUACCUAUUAAAUCAUAUCUGACUAACAGUAAGUGCGUGUUGCAUUGGACGUGUGUCUGUUGUGUGAAUUAACAAAGACUUUUUGCAUGA